GCUUGGCCGCAGGUCGGUGAACUGCCAUGGCGGGGCCGGUUUGCGGCGGGGGCGGCGGCCGAGCCAAGGCCCUGGACCUUUUGCGCUCUCUGCCGCGUGUCAGCCUGGCCAACCUGAAGCCCAACCCUGGCUCCAAGAAACCGGAAAGAUUAAGAAGAGGUCGGAGAAGAGGUAGAAAAUGUGGCCGAGGACAUAAAGGAGAAAGGCAGAGAGGAACCAGGCCUCGGUUAGGGUUUGAGGGAGGUCAGACUCCAUUUUAUCUCCGAAUCCCAAAGUAUGGAUUUAAUGAAGGACACAGCUUUAGGCGUCAGUACCAUCCUUUGAGUCUCAAUAGACUACAGUACCUGAUUGAUUUAGGUCGAGUAGAUCCUACCCAACCUAUUGAUUUAACCCAGCUUGUCAAUGGAAGAGGUGUGACCAUUCAGCCACUUAAAAGGGAUUAUGGUGUACAGCUGGUGGAGGAGGGUGCUGAUACCUUUAAGGCUAAAAUUAAUAUUGAAGUGCAGCUGGCUUCAGAGCUAGCCAUAGCUGCAAUUGAAAGAAAUGGUGGUGUUGUUACUACAGCGUUUUAUGAUCCAAGAAGCCUGGAGAUUCUCUGCAAACCUGUUCCAUUUUUUCUUCGUGGAAAACCUAUUCCCAAGAGAAUGCUCCCACCUGAAGAAUUGGUGCCAUACUACACUGAUCCUAGGAACCGUGGAUACCUGGCAGAUCCAGCCCAGUUUCCUGAAGCAAGACUUGAACUAGCCAAGAAAUAUGGUUACAUUUUACCUGACAUCACUAAAGAUGAACUCUUCAAAAUGCUGAGUACUCGAAAGGAUCCAAGGCAGAUUUUCUUUGGUCUUGCUCCAGGUUGGGUAGUAAAUAUGGCUGAAAAGAAAAUCUUGAAGCCCACAGAUGAAAACCUUCUUAAAUACUAUAGCUCAUAAAUUCUAAACUUAGAGAAAAAAGUUGUCUCAGGAAUACUGGAAAAAUGAGCCUAGAAUGCUCACCGUUUCUUGUUUCAUUUUCCUGUUCCACCAGACUCAAAAUGUUGGGUGCUGGAUUUUGGCAUGAUGCAUUUUUCCUUUUUUUUUUAAUAGGUAAAAUCAAAAUAAAAUGUCUAUGAGAAGCCAUAUUGGACAAAACUUAAGUCUGUGUACUAUGAUGAAACAUACACAAGGCCUCUUUUGCGGAAUAGACUUUGGAGAUCAGACUUGUAUCCUCAAUGCUUUUAAGUAGUCAGAAGAAAUCAUUUAGUCAGAAGUUUUCUUGCAUGCCUCAUUUGUCCUUUUCAUCACUGCAUAUUGUAGAAUGUGUUUUUGUCGAGUGUCAUUGAUCCAUAGGCUGAUUUAGCAGGGGUUCAAGCACCCGAAGGGGAAAUAAGCCUCUGUUAGUCUCUGAGAUAAAUUCCAGCUCUAGCAACUGGAGGUCAAAGUUUGAGUUUUUAUUUAGAAAAAUUCAGAUCAUUACUUAUAUGCUAGUGUGCACAGUAUUUGUGAAAAUAUUUUUUAAUAAAUUAUUUCUCUUACUGUCCUUA